AUGCGUUUCUUCAAUCUCACUCUCAUGGCUACUUCGGCUCUCCUUUUGGGAAAUGCUUUUGCUGGCAAGCAGAAAUGCUCAGCGACUAUAACAAACAUGAAAACCGGCAAUGAUCUCGGCAGGGGUACUAUAUGGAACGGAUUCACUGUUAGCUGCUGGAUUGUCGGGCCUGUGUCAAAGGACCUUGCACCACGUGGAGACCUGCACUGUAUCCAAUACAUUUGA